UUGGGUGAUGUAAACAGGAAGUGUAAUGUUGCCAUGGAGUUAGAAGUUAGAUCUGGGCUACAUGAAGAGAUGCAUUAAUUUACACAGUAGCUAUGUAAUACAUCAAUUAUAAUACCUGUGCCGCGUUUUAUUAUUUUUACCUCAUAUCUACAUUUUGGUGAAUCUACGUCAUGGAAAGUCAUGCUAAAUGAGCUAUUAGCAGGUCCUGUUUGCCUUGUAACCAUGGAUAUAGCUAACUAAUAGAUAACGAUCACGGGAUUAACUACUUAUAGUUAUGCUGAGGCAAGACCUGUUGUUAUAAGGAGCGUCUUUUUAUCUGACUUCUGAGCGGAUUUGUGAACGUUUAAUCUCGCUGGACACGGGAGAAACGGAAAGAAAGCGUUAACCCAGACGUCCUCUGUGGGAAAAGGACUACAGAGGUCGGUGACCUGAACAAAUUCUCAAACUAGCUACAACCAAGGUCAGCCUCGGAGGAGAGGCCACGUUACUCUCGAUCCGCUUCCUCUUAGGCCACGCCCCACCAGGAAGAACAAAUAUAAACUCAGCAGUGCUUUCACUUUCAGCAAUGUGUGUACAGAAGACAAGCGAUACUGAGGUCUUUACUUAGCUUUAACUUUAAAGAGGGCUCAAGAAUGGAAGAAACUGAGAAAACAAAGCUUGAGGAGAUGCUGACGUGCCCAGUGUGCCGGGACAUCUUUAAGGAUCCUCGGCAGCUGCCCUGUGGACACAGCAUGUGUAUGGGCUGUCUGGAAAACAUGAUGGAUCACUCUUUAGACACACCCUUCCCUUGCCCAGUCUGUAGGGAAUAUUUUGGACAGAUCAUUAGGAUACAGAAGAGCUACGCACUGGCCAGCAUCGCAGAGGACUUCAAGGUGAACAAGAGGAGGAAGCAGGACGAGCUGACAAAAAGUGUGUACUGCGACUUUUGCCCGGAGAAAAAAACUCUGGCCUUUAAAACUUGUCUGAAGUGUGAGGUGUUGCUGUGCAAAGAGCACGCCAAGGACCACCUGGAGCUGCCAGUGUUCACGGGACACCCCUUGGUCAGGCCUCUGAGCGACCUCCUGGAGAGGCGAUGCCCGCAGCACGAUGAUGAGGUGCUGAGGUACUACUGCAACACGUCCAGACGCUACAUCUGCAACGUGUGCGCCCUGGAGAGCAAGCGGGACAACCUGGCCACUGAGGCCUCGAACGUCCUGCGGAGACAGCUCACUGAGUACAUGGACCAGCACUUCAAAAUACUCACGAAGCAAAUUAAGGAAUCCAAUGAGUCCGUAAAAAAACUGCAAGAAGACCUCCAACGUGAAAAACACAAAGUCAACCCUUCCCUCAACAGUGUCACAGUGGUGCUGCUCUGUCUGUGGUUCAUUGUUCUGUAUUAUGCCUACAACUACUCUGUGGAGAACCAGACGUUAACAGACGCGCUGGACAAGCAGCAGCACAGCAUGCAUCACAUUUAUUCCACCAUUGCAGAACUCUUGGUUGAUCAUCCAAUGAAGAGCCACAUACCUCCAGAGAGAGAAGAUCGAGGAUGUCUUAUGUUGGAUCGGGGCACAGCCAGUCCUUUCCUUGGAGUCUCCGCAGACCUCCAAACAGUAGAGCGAGUGAAAACCAAGCUGGACUAUCCCAACAGUAACAGCCGCUUCGAUAAAGCCCCACAGGUCCUCUCCGCGCAGUGCUUCUCCACUGGUACCCACAGCUGGAUGGUGGAGGCUGAGGGAUACUGGGACAUCGCCGUGUCCUACAAGAGCAUCCAACGUAAGAGCAAGUUCAGCAGCGCCUUCGGAAACAACGUAGAGUCCUGGAGCCUUACCCACAAUGGCAAAGGCAAGCUGUCUGCCUACCAUAAUAAAAGAAAAACUGUUCUCUCUGGAACAUUGCACAGCGGCCGAAUAGCAGUGAUAGUUAAUUUUAAGAACGGCAGCAUCACAUUCGGUGCUGUGGAGUCUACGUUCACACGCCUGCAUGCGUUCAAAGCUAAACUGACGCAGCCAGUGUGCCUGGGUUUGGGGCUUUACCAUGUGAAUCCACCCAGUAGAGCAUCUAUUGUCAAAGCUUUGUGAAUAAUCCUACAAACUGUCACAAUAUUCAGCCAACACUGGAUCCACACUGACUUAAAUCCAGCUGUAAUCAAGGAGAACUAAGGGUGACUUGUACUAAAAGUGGAGACCUGACUAAGCCAAAGCCAAAAAAAAUAGAACAUUUGCCUCAAUAAUAUAUUUUAAUAUAGCAAGGUGUUUUAAGGUAUGUGUGAUUAACUGAUUGAUGCUUUUAUUGUGGAUCUUUUAUUUCAGUAUAAAUGUACCUGCAAUGUACAGUAUUUUAUACGCAAUGUUUAUAAGGAUGGGCUCUCUGAUUGGCUUUUUGUAAUAGAAUGUGACAAAGGGCUAUGAUAUACUGUAAGACUAGAAAAGGUUUUAUUACAUCUCUCUGUUGGGGGCCUUUUAACUGAUGAAAUCAGUCUUACCACACCAAAAACAAAGAUAUUAACUCAAUAUUUAAAAAACUAUCCUUGUAAUAUAUUUCAAAAGAACAAAGAUACAAAUGUAUAUUAUAUACAUACAACUUU